CGUGUAGUUUUGUGGCAACAGGCAACACUGUUGUCAACAUUAUUUUGACAGAUUUGACGAAGCUCUUCCGCGUCGGUGAAAAUAUCGCGUUUCGCAUUAGUGAAAUUACAUUUUCUUAGGAAUAAGGUCUUUAAUUGCUGUUAUUUUCUAAGUCGUCGACGGUAGCCUCGGGAUGGAUUUCCAGAACCGCGCCGGUGGUAAAACCGGUGGAGGAGGCCAGGCCUCCUGGUCGGAAAGCAAUCGUGACCGGCGGGAGCGGCUCCGUCAGCUCGCGUUGGAAACCAUCGAUCUGAACAAGGAUCCUUAUUUUAUGAAGAACCAUUUGGGUUCGUAUGAGUGCAAACUCUGUUUAACGCUGCACAACAAUGAGGGAAGCUACUUGGCUCACACCCAGGGUAAGAAGCAUCAGGGAAAUCUGGCCCGUCGUGCGGCCAAGGAAGCAAAGGAAGCUCCCUCCAGUAUGCAACCGGAGAAACCUCGGAUUGAACCGAAAAAGUUUGUGAAAAUCGGUCGCCCUGGCUAUCGGGUGACGAAACAGCGUGAUUCGGACAACGGCCAGCAAUCGCUGCUAUUUCAGAUUGACUACCCGGAAAUCACCGACGGCAUCAUUCCGCGGCACCGUUUCAUGUCGGCUUACGAGCAGAAGAUCGAACCGCCGGACCGCAAGUGGCAGUACCUGCUGUUUGCCGCGGAACCCUACGAAACGAUCUCGUUCAAAGUGCCCUCCCGGGAGGUGGAGAAAACCGAGGGCAAAUUUUGGACGCACUGGAACAAGGACACCAAGCAGUUCUUCCUGCAGUUCUCGUUCAAGCUGGAACCGAAAAUUAUUCCUCCGCCGCCGCCGAAUAUGCGCGUUCCGCAUCCCGGCCGGCCGAUGUUCAAUCCGGUUCCGCCGCCGCCGAUGGGAAUGGUUCCGGUUCCGCCACACAUGUAAGUUAAGGAAGCAUUUACAUUUUUUUAGAUUUGGAAUAUACAUAUGUGUAUUUGGCAAACGCAA